AUGUCUGACAAGGAUAAAAAAGAUGAACCGGAACAGUUGGAUGAUGAUUCCAGUGACGACGAUGCCAACCAGACCGAUGCUGGAGAUCAGUACUCCAAUCCUACCAUCAGUGCAUCACCCUCGAUUCUGCGACACCCCAACGCUCCCCGGCCGGAUAUUUCGAAUGUCCCCUCGGUGGUCAUUGCGUUGCCAAGUAGCGAGACCGUUGUCGCGACCGAGGAAACACCGGAGGAGCGACUCCGGCGAAGGAUGAGGUUUCUCGAGUUGCGGCGUGAGCACUACAACUACGUCAGUCACAGCGAGCAAUGCAACAUGGCGGACACGGAGGAUGAAGAUCACGCGGAGAAUCACCCAAAGUGUGAAGAGAAUUGCAAGCCGAAAUAGAGAAUGGUUUAAUUUAAUUAAAACUACCGAAACUACCUUGCAAUUAAAUUGGCAUUAAGCACUUUUUCUAAAUCUGUCACUAUAAUCACUAUGAGUGGACAAACCAAUUUGUUGUG